AUGGCUCCCCUCACAAGGUCUUCGCGUACCUUACGGUCGCAGGUUCCGCCUGCGCCUAAGACAUCAGAAAUUAUCAAUAUUGACGAGGACGACGACGAGCGCAUGGAGGAAGACGACAUCUCUGAAAACGAAGAGGAGCUAGAAGACGGGACUGAGGAAGAAACGGAAGAGGAUGAGAUGGACGAGAUGGAUGAGGAGAUGGACGUUACCAAUGGCGAUAUUUCCGAGACUGGAUCCGCCUUCCCAGUUUUGGAACCCAGUCUGAAGUCAAUGAUGGGUUUGACAAGCAGAGCUCAGGAUUCGCCUCAGCUGUUCACUGCUGCUGGCGCACAGGAAGCUCUCCACCCACUCCGCCGCACUGCCGACCGUGUCACUCGCCAAAUCGAGGCCUAUGCUGACAAGCUGGAUCAAUUCAAGCGAAAGAACUCAACAGACGAGUUCCAGAGCAUUCAAGCUGCUUACAAGCUAGUUGAGAGCUACCGGGACCUCGCACAAAAUGGAAUCCAGGACCUAGUGAAACAGCAAACCCUCAAGCGCGCAAAGACCGGAUUCCGACAGAGCAAUGGGACCGAUGCAAAGGACGACGAGGAUGUGAUGCGCUUACAGUACGAGGCUGAUACCUGGCGCCUGCUUCUUAAUCUCAUCAGUAUCGACGACCCGGCCAGUCGCGCCAGCUUCAAGGAAGGGCAACAAACUGCAUUCCAGAACCUUCACCGAUACUCGUCAGAUCGUGAAAUUUGGGAGGAAUUCCUUGCUGCCGAUGGGUAUGCUCUGGAAUGUGUUCUGGCGAUGAGAUGGCUGGAGGAGACGGCGAAGACAGGACCCCAGGAUUUGGAUGUUCUGAUCGCCGACAUGGAAGCGCAAGCGGAAAGAGGCCAGGGUCUGUGGGCUCAUGGAUGGCUGUUCACUAAGGAAGCCAUCAAGGGACACAAGCGACUGCGUGCAUGGCCGCAGCCAUUGGAGCCAAAUGACCCCAGCGUCUCACGCUCUCUGUUAAGCAACGACCGGCAACGACCAUUAGUGACGCAGCUAGAUCCAGAUGCCCUUACCCGACAGAAGCAUGACCUACAACCCCAGGACGAGUUCUUCGAGCGAGCUACAUGGAUGACUUGCUGGAAGAUGCUGAGGCAGGGCGAGAACUGGACCAAGAUCCGAGAAUGGGCACAGGGCCGCCUCGAGAGCUGGAGGGCUGUCAGUCUUUGCGGUUCUAGUGUCGAUCCACAUACUGCCAAAACCCGGACACCCCUCGACGAUGGGAUGACACGAUUGAUGAACAGCCACUCCCACGACUCAUGGCGCGCCGCUUGCUCUGCUCUGACACGCAACUCUGACACAGAUGAGUUCCAGCGGGCCGUAUACGCUCUGCUCUGUGGUGAAUCUGAGCCCGCCACCACGGCCUGCAGCACCUGGGACGAUUUCCUUUACGUGUACUUCAACCGGAUUGUGCUUUCACGCUACCGUGGUUUCUGCAACCAAUUCAAGCACAAGCUCAGCCAUUCUCCUACAUCCCCUGUCACAUUCAAGCCCGAGCCAGCUGGCCAUGCCGAUCUGCAGAAGUUCAUCGAAUACCUGCGAGGCAAUGAGCGGGUCGGUUCUGAGUCGCGCAAUCCCUUCCGCAAUCUCCAGGCUGCAAUUCUCAGCAAGGGCUAUGAUUCCUACUUUUCAUUAUUUGCAAAGGCUGUCUCUCAAGUUAAUAUCAAGCACUAUGGGACAUCUUCUAUUGUCCCUGUCGUGAAUGGCUUACCAGUGGAUGAAUCGUUCCUCAUCGCCGCAGAUGAUGACGAGGCCUUGAAAAUGGCCGCGCACGUUUAUCUUGUUGUGAAAUCCAUUGGUUAUGCUCCUAUCGACACCCAAUUUUAUGAGACUGCUUCCGUUAUGGUGGCAGGAUACCUUUCCAACCUGGAAGAGAGGGGCCUAUACGACCUUAUCCCACUUUAUGCAUCUCUUCUUCCGACCGACAUGUGUCACAGUGUGUUCUCAAGGAUUUUGAUUGAGAUCACCGACCCGCAAGAUAGAAAGCAACAAAUCCGGCAUAUGCAAAAGCAUGGUAUUGAUGUCGCAGCUGUUCUCGACGCUCAAUGGUCAUGGCUUAGCGCUGGCGUUUCAUCAAUUGAACAUUCCAGUAGUGUCACUGGAUACUCCCGGGUGGUGCGGCGACCGGACGGUACCCGAGUACUGGUGCCCCCAAAGAAGGACUUGAUCGGUACUUCCAUGGCAGAUGAAGAUGAGAAGAUGAUUCGCAGUCUGGAGUGGCUUCGCUCAGCUGGUGGCCAGUGGGAUAAGAUCUGCAAGCUUGGAGCUUGGCUCUACCGCAAGUUCUUUGUUGCUGGUAAACUUGCUGCCGCUCGUGAGUUGAGCCAUCGGAUGAAUUUGUCCAAAGUGUCACAGGAAUCCUUUGGCUUGGACAUCUUUGAAUUCCCUACUCUUGAACACCUGACGCCCGUCGAUUCUACGCCUUCUAGCCCAUCGAAGUCCAAGAGGAAUAGCCUUCACCGUCGGAGCCUCUCUAGCAGCAAUGGUAUCUUGAAUAACGACAGCGGUGCUUACCAAAAAGCCACUCGGAUGUACAAUCUUGAAACCCUGGCCCUUGGAUUCGAUGCUCUGGAACAGUUCGCUCUUGCCUACGACCAAAUCUCAAAGACCAAGCGUCGGAGAGAUUCCGGUGCGGUCAAGGAUUCUCUGCAGGAUCUAGCGGCCUUGCUAGAGGAAGUGGAGACAAAUGUGGGCUUGGUCGUAGAGGAGUGGCUUGUCAAAGCUACUGAUGCCGAAGAGGAAAGCGAUUAUGAAUACAUUCGCCAGACCUAUCUUCCUGAUUUGAUUCUUGAUUACCAUAACGCUCUCUACUACGCCAGUCAUUCUCUUGAAAAGCCAUUCCUGCUUACACAGUGCAUGACGGUGUCAAUUUGGGUCGCUAGCACCCCGCACCUGACUCGCAGCUUCACCAAAUCGAAGCGUAUGGCUGAGCUUAUGGACGCCUUGGCUUUGUCCAGCAAGGCUAUGGUGCUCACCGACCCGAAGGACGACCGUGUCUAUGACAAUGGGCAGACAUUGGGCAUCUGGCGCGUGAGUGGGCCUGAGAACGAUGAGGCUGUGUUCGAGCCACGCAAGUGA